AUGUCGAUUAUUCGUCACAGGAGCCGCAUACGGCCGAGCAGAGCCAGGCUCCGCACUCCUAUGAAGCGCAUCACCAUCGAGCCUCUCUCCAACAUGCUGGCCCUCCGAGCUUGCACGAACCGCCCACCCACCAAACCCAUCAUGGUCUGUCGCAACAUUAUGCCCAGGCCCAUCAUCCUCAUUCGAUCCUCACAGAUCCGGGCCACAUGGGCGGACAUCCCGGCGCACGACACAUGGGUCAUUCCGGACCGUCUCACUUUGGUGGACCAGGUCCUUCGCCACACUCUGCCCGAAGAUCUCGACCUCACAAUUCCCGGAAUCUCGGACCUUGAGCAGAAUGACCUGGACUCCAUGCAACAGUCAUCGCUGGGAGCAGCCUACGCACAAGCAGCAGCGGCUCCGCCUCAGCAUCAUCAUCACCGCCUACCAGAUACCGGCCCCCCGAACAAGCUAUUGAGGCGGGAAGGUGAAGGCAGCAGUGGCGGUGGAGCUCCCAGUGUCGUUGGACAAGCAGGAAUGCCGCCUCCAGCCCCAAGACCAAGAGGUCCCAAGCUCAAGUUUACUCCAGAGGACGACCAGCUGUUGAUUGACCUGAAGGAAAACAAGAACCUGACCUGGAAGCAAAUUGCCGACUUCUUCCCUGGGAGAUCUUCCGGAACUCUUCAGGUGCGAUACUGUACAAAGCUGAAGGCGAAAACAACACAGUGGACGGAUGAAACGGACCAAAAGCUGAAGACGGCGCUGCAAGACUACGAAAAUGAGAAAUGGAGGAUUGUUGCCAACAAAGUUGGGACAGGAUUCACUCCAGUCGCAUGCCGUGAAAGAGCGGCGCAAUUGAUGGGAGAGAACUUAUAG